AUGAACAACGUAAACGACGCAAAUCUAAGACAACUAUCGCUACACAACUUCGUUUCAGACAGUGUCAAUAAAAUUGUAUCAACUUUGGUACCUGAAGAGCAUACUCGAGCAAGUAAUCAAUUAAUCAAUUCGAUUGGUGCUAAAUCUUAUGGAACAAUUACUUUUACGGAUAAUAAAUCAAAUCGAGCAGAAUUUAUUCGUAUACCACCUGAAGCUCCCGUUUCGGAGGUUAAAAAAUACAUUAAUACAAAAUGGUGUCAUGAACGACCAUCACUUGUUAUUUCGGUUACAGGUGGUGCAAAAGAUUAUGAUAUGAAACCGAAAUUAUUGAGAGCAUUUCGACGUGGUCUUCUCAAAGUGGCAAGCACAACAGGUGCUUGGAUUAUUACUGGAGGUAUGAAUACGGGAAUCAUGAAACUUGUUGGUGAAAUUGUUGAAAUGAAUCCUAGUCGUUGUCGUCGAAUUCAUUUAUUUGGCAUUGCUACUUGGGGUUGUGUAGCCGGUCGUGAUAAACUUAAUGAUCGUGGAAAAACUGUAGAGUAUACUAAACCGACUAUUGAAGAAAAAAACACAGCUCCUCUUGAACCUAAUCAUACGAAAUUUAUUUUUAUUGAUGAUGGAAGUGAAGGACAAUUUGGUCGUGAAAUAACAUUUCGUGCUCGUCUUGAACGAGCUAUAUCAGGAGAUUUUUUUGGAGCACGAUCCAGGACAACUUCUACUGCAGACAUGUCAACUUCAACAACAACAACACCAUCUUUUCGUCCAGAACAAUCAGAUCCAGUACCUGUUGUCCUUCUUGUUGUUGAAGGUGGUCCAAAUACUGUUCGAACAGUGCAUGAAGCUGUUGUUGAAAAUAAUAUACCAGCUGUGUUUUUUGAAGGAACAGGUCGUUGUUGUGAUUUAUUUGCUAAAGCAGUCCAUCUCUAUGCAGAAUAUGAAAAAAACUUGGAAGGCGACGAAGAAAUUUCAUCUUCGAAUGUAGCAGCUCUUUUAUCACGUCGUGACGGAUUAAAAAAUCAACUUCGUGAAGCACUUAAAGCAGAACUUUAUGCCAUUGGUGGUGUAAGUAAUCCACCAACUAUCAGUAGUGAUAAAAAAGCAUCAAAAAAUUCAACGACUACAAUGGAAACUAAAAACCAGGAUAUUGAUUCACCUGAUUAUUUUGCAUUAGUUUAUGAAUGUAUUACUACUCGACGAAAAUUUUUAAAUAUUGUUAGUCUUAAUUCACAAAGUCCAGUUGAGCCUGAUAUUGAUUUAGCUAUUUUAAGAGCUUUAUUGAGAGCUACGUCAGGUUCUGAUGCACAUAAAACAAAUUAUGAACGAAAACGUGAACAAUUUCAAUUAGCUUUGGAAUGGAAUCGUGUUGAUAUUGUAAAAAAUGAAAUUAUGCAACAUGAUCGAGAUUGGGCAAGUACAAAUUUAAAUGAUUUAUUUGAAUUAGCACUUAAUAGAAGUCAAACAGCAUUUGUGAAAUUAUUUCUUGAUCAUGAUUUUUCAUUAACUGAUUUAUUUCGAAAUAAUGACAAACUUUCAUUACUUUAUAAAAGUAGCAUGAGCAAAGAACAUUUUGAAAAGAUAUCAAAAUCUAAUAAUCCAUUACGAACAAUCUAUAAAAUAGUACUGCAACCAUUAAUAGGCGAUUUUUUUAAAGUUGAUGUUGCUUUACGAUCACAAGUAUCUCGUGCUCAUACUGGUGUAAAUCUCGAUAUUAAUCAUGAAGAAUAUGUAUGUUGUACGACAUCAUCGAGAAGCCAAAAUGAUACUGCUAGAACACUUAAUCAACUUACUGGAAGUUUACCUUUAGAAAGUGCUGCAUUAAUUGCUACAUUAAUUUAUAGAAAACGUGCUGAAAAAGAAAAUGAUAUUAAUUUUGAGCAAAGAGCUAAUGACUUCGAAGCUUUAGCUGUUCAUAUUCUUAAUCGAUUUUAUAGAGCCGAUCCUCGUACAUGUAUAAAAGCCGUUAUACGACAAAUACCAGCCUAUGGUAAUGUUACAUGGUUAGAAUUAGCUGCAAAAGCUGAAGCUAAACAAUUUUUUGCUCAACGAGCAGUACAAGAUGUACUCAAUAAUAUUUGGUAUGGAUAUAUUGACCAACGAGAAAGUGAAAAGAAGAUUAUUUUUUCAACAUUUAUGCUUUGGUAUAGUGGUUUUCUUUAUUAUCAUGAUGAAUUAGUUAAAUUCAAUGAUGAAACAAGAUUUCUAGAUGAUUUACUAAGUAAAUCAAGUUUAUCACCACGAACUCACACAACAAAAGCACUGCGUGUUCAGGAAAAUACAAGAGAUAGUACUCAAACGAAAUUAAUUCAUGGUGUUACAGAUAUGGAUAAUAAUACUCCUGUUGAAUUCGUUGCUGUUGGCCGUUACGAAAACAUAAUAAGACCAAUGUAUCUAUAUUUUGACAAUAUUUUAAAAUUUAUGCGUUCUCCAUAUGUUAAAUAUCUAUAUAAUUUAUAUUUUCAUCUGAUCUUUUUAUUACUUUUUUCUUAUGUGGUAUUAUGUGGUGUUUUUCCUCUAUACGAAUUUGAAACGGAUGUAUGUAGACCAACAAUUGAUUCUGAAAAACAAGAAAAGGAUGAUGAUAAAAGUCCAUCAAUGAUAAAUACUGAAUCUAAAACUAACACAACAAUUCCAUAUGGAUUGCAAAAACGUAAUCAUCCAGCUAUUACAGAAUAUAUACUUCUUGUUUGGGUUACAACAUUACUUUGUGAAGAAAUGCGACAACUCUUUUCAUCGGAAGCACAAACGACUCGUAAUGCAAUAGUACAAUAUUUUGAAGUUUUUUGGAACCAAUUAGAUGUUCUAGCUAUAAUACUUUUUUAUGUUGGUUUUAUACUUCGAUGUUUGCCAUUAACGGAAUGUUUUUGUGCAGCACGUAUCGUUUGGUCAAUUGAUAUAGCAAUAUGGUAUAUACGUUCAUUAGAUAUAUUUGCAGCUAUUAAAAGACUCGGUCCUAAACUUGUUAUGAUUGGUGAAAUGAUGAAUGAUUUGAAAUUUUAUAUGGUUUUGCUAAUUGUAUUUAUUUUGGGAUUUGGUGUAUCAUCUCAUAGUCUUAUUUAUGGUACAAAAGAAUUUAGUUGGCAUUUACCACGUGAACUUCUACAUUUGUCUUAUUGGCAAAUAUUUGGAGAACUAGAUAUAUUAUCUAAAUUUGAAAACAAUUAUCGUGCAACUGGUAAUGCUGUAUUUAUUUUACUUGUUACUUAUAUGGCUAUUGCUAGUAUACUUUUGGUUAAUCUACUUAUUGCAAUGUUCAGUAAUACCUUCGAUCGUCUUCAAAAUGAUACAGACCGAAUAUGGAAAUUUCAACGAUAUUCAUUAAUAUGUGAAUAUUUAUCUCGACCAUCAAUACCACCUCCAUUUAUUUUUGUUGCUCAUCUUUGGCGAUUGAUAUUAACUACUUUAUCAUUAUGUUCCAAAUCAUCAUGGAUUAGAGAAAAACAUGAUCAACAUUUAAAACAAACAACAUAUGCAAUUAUGCUAGAAGAAAGAUUUGCUAGUAAUAUUGAAACAAUUGAAGAUGCAUUUGGUGAUGAAGUUUAUCAUAGUUGUAUUAAGAGUGCAGGAAAAUUCACUGAAGAACAUGAUCUUGAUGAAGAACGAGUACAAACACCACAAGAUUCAAUAAACAAGAAAAUACAAAUACUUGAGACUCGACAAGAUAAUGUAUUAGAAUAUCUUCGUUGUUUAAUGGAUGGUAUGAAAAUAAUGGGAGGUGCACGUAUUAAACUGCCUGAACUACGUCGUCUCGAUGCAGAGGAAUCAACUGAUGAAACAAUCGGUCCUAGUGAUCAGUCAAGACAAGGUCUUCGACGAGAUUCAAUAAUAGCGGAUACACAUCGCACAUCAAUCACUCCUGAUACUUCACAAGUCUCAUCGAUGAAUUUUUUUCGAUCCCUUAAAACUGUAUCAUUAUCGAUUGGUGAUAAUGCUGUAUAUGAUGUACAUGUUUGCAGGGAAACAAUAUUUAAUAAACUUGUACUGGAAGAUAAUUCUUAUAAUCAUUUAGAUGAAGGUAAAGAUGAUAUGCCAGCACAUGUAAAAUGUUCACUACUCGGUUCAUCAAUUAAUAUCCUUAUUGCAUUAAGACGUUUAGUUUUUCGUACUUAG